GUUAGCUCUCUCGUUAAACAAACUCAAAAUGGCUGGCUCUAGGACCGGUGUCCAGCUGCACCAAUUCACUCGACAGUGUCGUCACCAUCAUGAACGUGGUUGUGCGGGAUGGAUUUGGCUAAAAUUUGCUCUCUUUGCAUCGUGUGUGCAUUAGAGAAACAACGGUUUCUUACCUGUAUAUGGACAUUAAUACCUGGCGCCUCGGUACACGACAGCAUUUACUGUGAGACGGUGAUUGCUGUUGACUGUCUGCAGGGUGGGGGACGGCUCUAGGACCAUGAUGACGAAAGCUCUCUGCAAGCCAAGUGUGCAACGUUUUAAUGCGUCUCUAUUUGCCCGCUUCUCCUAAAAUCAAGCCACUCUCCUAAGUGUGUGGAACUGGUUCUCAACAUCUUCUACUGUGUUACCUCCCUGGACACUCCUUGGACCUUAUUGUAAAGAACUAUCUUUCUUGUAUACAGACAAUACCAGGCAUCUAAUGCAUUUCCCUCCUGCAUAUUCAUACACUUUGUGUCUGGUGCUCUUCAUUCAAUUGCUAUCUUGUAAUGGCACUGCAAAACACUGGCAGGAAAAAAGUUUUCCCUUGCAAACAAUGUGGCAUUGUAUGUCCUAAUAUGCCCAGUCUGCUUAAGCACAUGGAUGCUCAUCUUGAACAAGAGGAAGAACGCAAAUUUAAAUGUGAUGAAUGUGGACGUGGUUAUAGGCAUGCAGGUAGCUUAGCUAACCACAAAAAGACUCAUGAAGUAGGUACUUUUCAAUGUAACAUCUGUGGUAAAGAAAACUCUAAUGCUUUGGCCCUGAAGAGUCAUCUCCGGAGCCACACUUCACAGAAAAAGUACUCCUGUGCCGAAUGUGGGAAAGGUUUUCGUCUGGCAACACAACUGACUACCCAUGAGAAGGUUCACCUUGCCAGGCGAGUAAAGGAGCAGUCGUUUAGAAAGGUAGAUAUGGACUAUUCCACACAUGAAGUUGAAAAUGAUCACCCACAUCAUCUCAGUGAGCAGUCUGCAAGUGCUGGGACUUCUACAGAAAAUAGCCCUGCUGAGGACAAGACAGAGGUUGUUUAUAACGCAGAAUCUGAGACUUCUGAGGAUGCAGCAAAUCGACCUUUCAGAUGUGAUUUGUGUGACAAAUCAUACAUACACCAUCGAAGCCUGACCAAUCAUAAAAAGACUCACCAAGUGGGAAUGUUUGAGUGCACAGUGUGUUUCAAACUGUUUAAUAACAUGGCGGCACUCUACAGCCACCAGAGAUCUCACAAGGCAAGAAGUGUGACAGACCCUGAUUCAAUGGGUGGGUCACACACCGCCGUACCACCGGACCAGUUUUCACCUCAGAGCCAGGAUGAUCCAGGAAAUUUUUGCCAUUUGUGUCAGGUACUAUUCCCCAAUGAUGAAGAGUUCCAGGAACACAUCCAAAUGCAUAACUCUUCAUCUCUGUCGUUUGGCCUUCAAGAUACCGUGUCAGAGAACCAUAAUAUAUCAUAUGACAGCAGUAUUGCUUCACCUGAGUCAAAUUUUUAUGCAUCUCCUAUAAAUAAUGUUCCCUCAGUAUCCUCAAUAGAUAAUCAUUUAGGCUUUGAUCAGCCACAGGAGCAGAUUAGAAGUAACAGUCAGGUGUACUCGGACUGCUCCAACAAUCAAACACCACCUUCCAGUAGCACUCAGGGAGAACCCCCAAUCAUAGACACGAGCAUUCUCAAUCCUGCCCUGAAGCACGCUCAAAACACUGACCGUGCAACUGAAAUGGAAGAGACUUCAACUGUAGGUUCCGACGAGCGUCCCUUCAAGUGUCAUAUAUGCGGUAAAAGCUACCGGCACUCUGGGAGCCUCAUCAACCACAAGAGGUCACAUCAGGUUGGGAUUUACCAAUGUUCCUUCUGCAGAAAGAGCUAUCCUCACCUGGCUGCCCUCAAAAGUCAUCUUCGUCUCCACAAAGCUCAGUCAUCUUUUGGCCUCAACGAUGAGGGAGACUGGCUCUCCUCAGAGCCUCUGACUCUGGAUAACCAGCAGGGCAGCUUCUCCUCUCAAGAUGAGGAGGAGGAGGAGGAGGAGGAGGAGGAUGAUGAUCACACUCUCCCUGUGCUUGGUAUGGAUCAGGAGAAUGGAGUUGAACACAACAAUGGAGCUUUGUACCAUGAGCAUUUUAAUCAGAACUUUUCCCAGGAUAUGACUGUGCAUCUACCUCACAACGAACACCUGAUGCAGAGACACAUGUGUGCAGACUGUGGUGAAACAUUUGCAGAUAUUGCAGGGAUUAAGUCUCACAGUUGCCCACUGCUACAGCAGCAACAUGACACUACUAGCAGUGACUAUGGCAGUAAUAUACAUUUCCAGGACAAUGAUCACUGUGCCAUUGGAAAUCCAGGAAGUCAUGUUGAGUUCCAUGGUCUGAAUGAAAGCCACGGCCCAAGUUACUUUGAACAGAACUUCCGUGACAAUAUGAACAGUGAUCAGCUGAAUGGUGGCGGAGAAGGUGAUAAUGCUGAGGAGGAGGAUGAUGAUGACGGAGAUCUUUAUCAGUGCUCUUUAUGUGGAAACAGCUACACUAGCAUGAUGGCUCUCAGGAGCCAUCUCCGAGGCCACACACAGUCCCACGAUACUCCUGCAAGCUCAGGGCCUUCCUCCAUGUCCUCCCAUGAAGAAGUGAAAGAUGAUGAGACCGGAGAGAUGAUGAUCUGUAGCACAUGUGGGGAAAGUUUUGCCAAUAGGCAGGACCUGAUAACUCAUCAGCUUCUACACAACAAGGACCAGGUAGAUAAUGCUACUCAUUUACAUAUGAACAACAGUGAUGUGCCUGGAGGCAAGGAGGAAGCACAGAGUAUCAUCUGUGGCAGCUGUGGCAUCUUCUGCACCAGCUACCAUAAUCUUGAGAACCAUGGUUGCACAGCUGAGAGGACAGAUGAGUCCACACAAGGUAAAGAGGAAAUUAAUGUAAAUGAUGUUGCCCAGCAUGAAGACACAAGUCACGUCAAAGAAACUGUUGAUGCCGAAGAUCGUCAGUACAAAUGUGAUCAGUGUGGGCGUUCAUACAGACACGCAGGCUCCCUGCUUAACCACAAAAAGUCCCACAAAACCGGUGUAUUCAGAUGCCUCGUCUGCCAGAAGCGCUUCUACAACCUGUUGGCCCUUAAAAACCACCAGAGGUCCCACUUUGAUAUUAAGAGGCAUACUUGCAAUGAGUGUGGAAAAGCCUUCAAAAUUCAGAAGCAGUUACUGAAUCACCUGAAAAGGCACAAAGAGAACCAAGCUAAAAUCCAGGACCUCAACAACCAGAUCCAGGCCCUCAUGCAGAUGAAUGGGCCCAGGUCAGACGGAGAAGUGCAGUCCUUAACUUCAAAUGCCAAUCAGGCUUUUACUUUGUCUCGGCGCUGCAAGCAGCUGCCUGGAAGGAAAAGAGGACAAACAAAGCGUGAGACUACAGUCAAAUUAGAGGAUGCGGGUGACCAACGGCCUUUUGCCUGUGACCAGUGUGGGCGUACAUACCGCCACGCAGGAAGUCUAGUCAACCACAGGAACUCCCAUAAAACAGGUGAAUAUUACUGUUCAGUUUGUAACAACACUUACUCCAAUCAACUAGCAAUGAAGAACCACUUGCGCACCCACUUUGCAUAUAAAAAGCACUCUUGCCAAAACUGUGGAAAAGGCUUUAGGGGAAAGAAGCAGCUAUUGGCCCAUGUUUGUGCAGGCAUCAGAAAGGAUGUGGCCGCAGGCAGGAGGGGUCUAAAAUCUAGAGCGUUGAAGUGUAAGGAAUGUAAGCAGGUCUUUCUCUCUGUUGACCAACUGACAGCCCACACCUGUGAUGGACCAUCAGGCAGCAUUGAUGCACAAAGAAACAUGUCUCCAAAUAAAGUGGAGCGCCCUUUCACGUGCAACAUAUGUAAUCGCAGCUACCGUCAUGCAGGCUCACUCCUGAACCACAAAAACACCCACAAGACAGGACACUUCAGUUGCACCUUCUGCUCUAAGCCCUUCACUAACCCCAUGGCUUUACGCAAUCACACACGCAUCCAUACACAGAAGAAAAAGUAUGCAUGUCUCACAUGUGGAAAGGCCUUCCGCCUCGCCAGUAUCCUGCACAACCACCAGAGGAUCCACAACCGGGUGGCGAGUCACUUCAGCUGUCCUGCAUGUGGAAAGAGCUUCCAGGGCAGGUCUGGCUUAAAGAGGCACCGCUGCCGCAGAGGUCAGGAGAACUCCCCGAGAACUGGAGUCCAGCAGUCAGAGAGGGGAGACAAGUGCUUCAUGUGUGACCUGUGUGGGCGCUCCUACCGCCACGCUGGCUCUCUCCUCAACCAUAAAAAGACACACUCCGAAAACCUCCACCACUGUACCUUGUGUCUCCAGACAUUUCCUGACCCUCUCACUCUACAGAUACACUCCCAGAUGAGGCGUCACUGCUGCCCCGAGUGUGGCAAGACCUUCUGUCUGGUCGCACACCUACAGAGCCACAUGGAGGUGCACGCUAAGGACCGGUCUGUGGUCUGCAGCCCCUGCCAGCAGAGCUUUCCCAACACAGCCAGCUACCAGCAGCACCAGGACAUGCACCACAGGGCUCAGGACCUCUAUCAACAAGGCGUGGAUGAACCUGUAAAUGGCAACAUCUGCUGGGACUCAGGAAUAAAUCAGACCUUAGUGAUGGAUGGGGUGCACAAGCAGGUUCCACCACCUUUGUCCCAUAUUCCAGGAAGCAUCGCUCAUUCACAGAAGAGUAACGAGUCUGCUGGUACAGAGGAGAAGAGCCAUGUGUGCGAGCACUGCGGGCGCACUUACCGCCACGCCGGCUCCCUCCUCAACCACAAGAACAGCCACAAGACAGGCUCCUUCUUCUGCUCCAUCUGCCAGAAGGAGUUUACCAACCUUAUGGCUCUCAAGAACCACCGACGCAUUCAUACGGAGCCCAAGCGCUACCAAUGUCUUGAGUGCGGGAAGGCGUUCCGCGUGUCCACUCAGCUCAUAUGCCACCGACGAAUCCACACCAAAGAGAAGCCUUUUGCCUGCCUUCUGUGCGACAAGAGCUUUUCCAGCAAGUCCAACCUGCGGCACCAUCAGAAGAUGCACCAGAACGCCCAGGCCUACGACUCCUCUUUUAGCAUGGAUGCCAACGCGUUUAUGGACUUGGACAUGGGGUCUUUCCUUUGAAGUCAGAUUCCGGAGCGUACAAGAGAAGAGGACAGCCGGUCCUCGGUUAUUCAUCCCUCUAUCAAUAAUUGUAAAACAGUAUUUAUUUUUUUCAGAAAGUGCCACUUGGUCCUGACAAAAUCUCCUUUGAAGACCUGCACAUUUCAUUACUGACUUCCUGUCUUACCUUCACAACAGAUGGUGACAUCACUCAAACGUCGCCAAAGGGUUUAUGGGUCAGGUUUUUAAUAAGGCCUGAAUGUUUCCCAUGAAUACACAGGAUCCCACAAUACAGGGCGGCUGAUGAUAUUAGUCGCAGCUCAUUCCUCAAUGACAAACCAACCAACCAAAGUGAACAGUGCAGCCCAGGUCCAUGUUAAGAACAUUAACACUGAUAACAUGUUUUUAUUUUAUUUUUUAACACAGUACUGUUCUAAUAGUUAUUUAUCCUCUUAUGCUAUGUUUAAUUGUGUCCAGUGCCUCUGUAAGUUCCUUAGGAAACAAAAUAUACAAACUAUAUUUAUCUCUGAAUCCUUUCGUCAGCUUUGCCGUCAGCGUCAAAGGACUGCUCACUUUCCUUUUGGAUCUCACAUAGGGCAAGCCUGUUGUUAUUAAGUCAAAUACCUCUGGGUGUGUCCAAAGGUCAGUGGCAAAGUGAUUUACUUAAAUCAUAUUAUCAAGUUAAUAGUCGUACUGCUAAUAAUAACCACGUCGAGUGACAUUGUAUGCUAAAAAUGGAUGUAUUUAAUAAUUUAUUCCUGUUAUUUUAUGUGCAUAUUUUAGUAGAAAAGCUUUUUAUGAAUGUUGUUUUAAAAAAAAAAAAAA